CCCUGCAGAACCCGCCUCCGCGGCGAUCAGGUUAGUGUGCGCCGCGGGUGCUGGGGGCUCGAGAACCGAGCAGAGCUGGUUGAGCCUUCAAAGUCCUAAAACGCGCUGCCGUGGGUUCGGGGUUUAUUGAUUGAAUACCGCCCAAGCGGGAGACUUCUGCAAAGAGGGAGCGAGAGAUAGAAAUGGAGAAACGGAUUCAUUUAGAGCUGCGGAACAGGACGCCCUCUGUUGUGAAAGAGCUUGUCCUGGACAACUGUCGGUCAUACGAUGGUAAAAUCGAAGGCCUCACAGAUGAAUUCGAAGAACUGGAGUUCUUAAGUACAAUCAACGCAGGCAUCUCUUCAGUUGCAAACUUACCAAAGUUAAACAAACUCAAGAAGCUUGAACUAAGUGAUAACAGAAUCUCGGGAGGACUGGAAGUAUUGGCAGAAAAGUGCCCGAACCUCACACACCUAAAUCUAAGUGGAAACAAAAUAAAAGACCUCAGUACAAUAGACCCGCUGAAAAAGUUAGAAAACCUCAAGAGCUUAGAUCUUUUUAAUUGUGAGGUUACUAACUUGAAUGACUACAGAGAAAAUGUAUUCAAACUCCUCCCCCAACUCACAUACCUUGAUGGCUAUGACCGAGAUGACAAGGAGGCCCCUGACUCGGAUGUUGAGGCCUACGUGGAGGGGCUUGAAGAUGACGAGGAAGAUGAAGAUGAGGAAGAGUAUGAUGAAGAUGCCCAGGUAGUGGAGGAUGAAGAGGAUGAUGAUGAAGAAGAAGAAGGAGAAGAAGAGGACGUGAGUGGAGAAGAAGAGGAGGAUGAGGAAGGUUACAAUGAUGGGGAGGUCGAUGAUGAAGAAGAUGAAGAUGAAGUUGGGGAAGAAGAAAAGGGACAGAAGAGAAAACGAGAACCCGAAGAUGGGGGAGAUGAAGAUGACUAAAGGAAUAACCUAUUUUGAAAAAUUCCUAUUGUGAUUUGACUGUUUUUACCUAUAUUUCCUUCUCCCCAACCCCACCCUACCCCCGAAACUUAUUUUUUUCUGAUUGUAAUGUUGCUGUGGGAAUGAGAGGGGAAAAGUGGACUGGGUGGGGGGUGGGAAGGGGUGGAAUAAAGUACUAUUUUUACUGCCGCUCUUAAAUUUUUUUUCCUACUUUUUCUUUGUGUCUGGUUUAGUCCCCGUAAAUGCAAGUAUAAACCAAGUGAUUGAUUCUAUUUGUUUCUUAUUCUGGGAGUGGAGAGUAUUGGCAUCUUCACAUUUUAGAAGAAUUGGUGGGUGACAUUUCCCCAGAUGGGUAGGCUCUGGGCUUGGGUUUGUCCCAUCAGAGCCGGGGAUGCAUAUGGAAUACCAGCCAUAUUUUAGGUGCUACUCUGGAUGGCACAGGCAUAAUCACCCACCCACCCACUGCAGCAGGGGGAGGAUGUUAUACUGAGCAGGUGAUGUCUUGUUUCUUGUUCCCAAGUGAUUUGCCACUUUCAGCCUGGGCUGCCCCUGAACCCCUUGGAGAAUCAGAAUCAUGUGUGUGGUUUGUAAAUAGCAACCAAUGGAACGGUUUCAUGAUAGGUUGGGGGUGGGGGAUUGUCUUGGUUUGAAGAAGUAUUUUCCUGGCCCCUUCAUAGUAGUCUGUCUCUGUCUCUCUCUCUCUCUCUCUCUCUCUCUCUCUCUCUCUCUCUCUCUCUCUCUCUCUCUCUCUCUCUCACACACACAUACACACACAUCUCAAUCUCUCUCUCUCUCUCUCUCUCUGUCUCUCUCUCUAGCUGUUUCUCUGUCCCCUCUCCUCACUCCCCAAAUCUCAUGCUGGGUUCUGUUCUAUGAGAAGACUAAGCUGUCCCCAUUGUAUUGACUAGGGGAGGCGCCAGAAUGCUGAAAAUCGCAGACAUUUGGAAGGUGUCCAAGGGUUCUCAAGUCCUCUGAGUUCUACGGGAAAUUAAUUUGACAAAUGUAAUUUAAAGAUACAACAUUUUUUUUCUACCCUUUAAAAGGAAGGGACAAAAACAAGGUGUGUACUGCUUGGUUUUGUAUUAUAUUAUGACACUCCAGCGUUUGGGGGGGGAAUGAGAGACGACUUCCACUUGACAAUUUUUACAAACCGAAGUGCAGGAGAUAGUACUGCAUGUAAUGUAGGGGUUUCUUUUUUCGUACACCCGAGCACGGAAAACUAAUGCAAAAUUGUAUUUUCUUACCUAGUGGAAGUCUGAAAUGACUGCAAUUGCCUAGUGAAUGUACAGUUUUUCUUUCCUAUCCCUCUUUUGGAUCGCUUUAGAAAUGACUUGUUAUUUCCUAGUCAAUAUUUCAUCUGUAUAAAAGAACAUUUGCAACAAUUCCCUCCCCCUCCCCCAGAAGAGCCAAACGUUGAGUUUUAUGUCUGUUUGUCAUUGAUAAAUUUCAAUAAAUCUUUUUAUACAA